UCGGCCGAGAUUUAUUAGUCCUAUGAGUUCGCCACACACGAUUCAACCACCAUCCAACUCAACUCAAUAACACCCUCGCAGUCUCCGAGUCCCCGUUCUUUAUUCCAACAAAAGAGCGACAGUGAAGUAAAUAGACGCCUCACAGAAGAGGAGUGAUCCAGUGCUCCGCCAGACUCAGACAGAAAACAAAAAACUAAAAAUGUUCCUGCGAUUGAUCUCGCGGCCGUUGAUGGCAAAGGUGAAAGAGACGACGGGGAUCGUGGGAUUAGACGUGGUUCCCAAUGCCAGGGAAGUCCUGAUCGGUCUUUACAACAAGACCCUUAGGGAGAUCCAGGCCGUACCCGAGGACGAGGGUUACCGUAAGGCAGUGGAGAGCUUCACACGCCACCGUCUCAAGGUCUGCCAGGAGGAAGAAGACUGGGAAAUGAUCGAGAAGCGCCUCGGAUGCGGCCAGGUCGAGGAGCUCAUCGAGGAAGCGCGUGACGAGCUCACUCUCAUCGGGAAGAUGAUCGAGUGGGAUCCUUGGGGUGUUCCCGACGACUAUGAAUGUGAGGUAAUGGAAAAUGAUGCUCCAAUUCCCAAGCAUGUUCCUCAACACCGACCUGGUCCUCUCCCUGAGGAGUUCUACAAGACGCUAGAUGCUGUUUCUAAAAAGGAUGAGCCUAAAGUCACCUCUGGGGACCCACAGAUAAAGGAGUAGCAUGCUGCAGGGCACUUGGCUGGAAGCACUCAGGGUUUCAGAGUCGAGAUUGCAAUUUUCUUCUCAUUCUCUUUUUUUGUUUGUCAAUCUUGCAUUGUGCCGUUUUCAUUGAUGGAAUAGAGUAUUAACCUAAGACGAAGGCUGGAACCAUUCAGUUGCUAAUAAUGUUGAUAUGCCAGCGGUCAUAUAAGUUUUUUUGUUCUGUCAGCUGUUUCCUGAAUUCCUGACUUAUAAAUAAUAUAAAUAUAUAUAUAUAUAUAUAUAUAUAUAUAUAGUGGUAAUGGCGUGGUAACCAUGAUCAUUAUGUGCAGGUUUAGAUG